GACUCUGACUUAACUUCUGGACCUACACUGUCUGAUAAUGUGCUGAGACUGUCUACUACGAUCUGUGAAGUGACCAAUACUUGCCAUGAUUACGUUCACGCCCCUCUCGGGUCCCGCUCGCUCUGCUCGCACAGUCCCAUUGGCGUACUUGCUACAGGUCGACGAUGUACGCAUACUUCUUGACUGUGGAUCUCCAGACUGGUGCCCAGAAACCACUCAAGAUGGCACAGAGGAGAGCGAAUUAGCCCCAUGGGAGAAAUAUUGUGAUUCUCUGAAGGAGUGUGCAUCCUCCGUAGACCUCGUGCUGCUAUCUCAUGGUGAUCUAUCUCACUGUGGAUUGUAUCCCUAUGCACAUGCGCAUUGGGGUCUCACUGCUCCUGCGUAUACCACGCUACCUGUACAAGCUAUGGCAAGGGUUGCCGUAACCGAAGACGUUGAAGGCAUUCGCGACGAACAAGACGUAGGAGAUACAACGGAGGCUAAGGGGACCCAAGAGUCCUCCAGCGAACCAUCCGGCUCUCCUGUACUUGGUGAGAAUGUCUCUUCUCCACCACCUUCCUCCGAAGGAAAGCGGCGCAAGAAUGUUGCUACUCUUCAAGAAGUUGUCGACGCCUUUGAGUCUGUGAAUGUCUUGAGGUAUUCUCAGCCAUGUCACCUACAAGGCAAGUGCCAGGGUUUGACUAUCAUCCCCUUCAACGCUGGUCACUCUCUUGGAGGUACCAUCUGGAAGAUUCGUUCUCCCUCGGCUGGUACUAUUCUCUACGCCGUCGAUAUGAAUCACAUGCGGGAACGACAUCUGGACGGCACUGUUCUCAUACGGCAGGCUUCUGCUGGUGGUGGAGUCUUCGAGAGCUUGGCAAGGCCGGACCUCUUGAUCACCGACGCGGAGCGCGCCAACGUGACCACAGCUCGUCGCAAAGACAGGGACGCCGCUUUGCUAGAUUGUGUCACCGCAACUCUAUCGUCACGCAAUUCUCUGUUGUUGCCAUGCGAUGCCAGUACCAGAGUCCUCGAGUUAUUAGUCUUGCUUGAUCAGCACUGGAACUACUCUCGGCUGAAAUACCCGAUCUGUCUGCUGUCCCGUACGGGUCAGGAGAUGCUCACCUUCGUUCGCAGUAUGAUGGAAUGGUUCGGCGGCACGAUCAGCAAGGAGGAUGUUGGUGAGAACGGCGAGAACGGAAGGCGUGACCGACGAAGACGCGACGAUGAUCACGACGAAGAAGCAUUAGGGGCCUUCGCCUUGCGCUUCAAGCACGUCGAGUUCUUCCUGAGCCCUCAAGCUCUCAUGUCGACGUACUCGUCGAAAGACCCCAAGCUAAUACUUGCCGUACCGGCCACGCUCUCUCAUGGUCCCUCGCGCGCGAUCUUCGCAGAGUUUGCGGAGAUUCCUGAUAACGUCGUCCUUCUCACUGGGCGAGGAGAGCCGGGCACACUGGGCCGGCUGCUUUUUGACAAGUGGAAUGAUUCUCAGCGCGAGGAAGCGAAGUGGGACCGAGGAAAGAUUGGCAACAACAUCAUGAUGGAUGGGGUCCUUCGCCUCGAGAUGCACUCCAAGGUGCCACUCCAGGGCGAGGAGCUGGAAGAGUACCUUGCGAAAGAGCGCGCGGCGCGGGAGAAGGCCGCAGCGCAACAAGCUGCGCUCGCGCGCACCCAGCGCAUGCUUGAGGCAGACGAGGCCGAGAGCGAGUCUGAAGACGAUACCGACGAGUCGGGCUCGGACUCGGAUGAAGAAAGCGAGGUGGAGCGCACGCUCGGUGAAGACUUCAUGGACACCGCCGAAGAAGGCAAGCCUGUGCGAACUGGGCGCACGAAUGGCCGCCGAAAGCGGAAGCGCGCCGAAGGCGGCGGCGCGGACGGGGACUGGGUCGUAGGCGGAAACGAGCCCGAGGACGGGGCGGUGACGCGCAUAUCAUUUGAUAUCUACUUGAAAGGGAACGUCACGAAGGCGACGUCGUUCUUCAAGAGCGCGGAGGGGCAGACGCAGCGGUUCAGGAUGUUCCCGUAUGUGGAGAAGAAAAGGAGGGUGGACGAGUAUGGCGAGACAGUCGAUGUCGGAAUGUGGCUGAGGAAGGGGAAGGUGUUCGAGGAGAGUACGGAGAGCGAGGAGUCGAAGGAAGCAAAACGGCGGAAGGAGGAAGAAGAGGCAAAGAAAACGCCUCGAGAGCCGCCGUCAAAAUACGUGACAUCCGUUGCGGAAGUGCAACUCGCAUGUCGAUUGUUCUUCGUCGACUUGGAGGGUUUGAAUGACGGACGUGCGGUGAAGACAAUUGUCCCUCAGGUCAACCCUAGGAAGAUGAUUCUGGUGCAUGCACCACAAGCUGCAACAGAUGCUUUGAUUGAGAGCUGUGCAAGUAUCAAAGCCAUGACCAAGGAGAUUUACGCUCCUCCCCAAGGCGAGACUAUCCAAAUCGGUCAACACACGAAUAGCUUCUCGAUAUCACUGAGCGAUGAGCUCCUGGCCUCCCUCAAGAUGUCCAGGUUCGAGGAUAACGAAGUUGCCUAUGUCUCUGGUCGCGUGUCCAGCCUGGCAUCGUCAACCAUCCCAGUACUGGAGCCGGCAGCAAUCACUCACUUCCAACCGGCAUCUGCCCCGCACCAGCCACUUCGUGGGCGGAUGCUCGGCUCACGGCCGACACAGGCUCUGCCGCAAUCGACCAUGAUCGGCGAGCUCAAAUUGACUGCGUUGAAGACGCGUCUAGCGUCGAUCGGCGUGCAAGCUGAGUUGGUCGGAGAGGGUGUCCUGAUCUGCGGCGCGGCCGCAAAGAAGGGGGCGGGCGUCGGUCUGGACUCUCUUGGCGAUUCUGUAGCAGUCAGAAAGACUGCACGCGGUCGGGUUGAAGUGGAGGGCUCGGUGUCGGAUGUUUAUCACACCGUUCGUAGAGAAGUAUAUAGUCUCCUUGCACUCGUCGCGGGAUGAGGCGUAUCACGAGCU